UGCUUCAGAUGGGCUCCUUAUAGUAGCUGCGAAAAACAUUGCAGAAAUGCAAUUCCUGUCGCUGGCGUUCAGACAUCCUGUGCGUCUUUUGAGUGGCUUUUGAGCUCCGGCGAAACUUGGACCGAAAGGGAUGCGCGUAUUUUGGCAGGGAUCAUAUUUUUUGACAUUUAUUUUGAGGAAUGUAAAUGGCCAUACCGAGUGAGAAUCUUAAUGUAAUAUAUUUGUUUUGAAAACAGCCACCAAUAUCAUAAGAACUGCUGCACUUUAACUUCCCCACUAGAACGGAGAGCUGUCCGUGCUGCAAGAUCCAGACGACCGGCUGGGCGCAGGAUCACCUCAGUUUGAUAAAGAAAGUUGUCAUUUGCAGCCCAUUGGAUUUUUAAGUGAUUCAUUGACGGGGGUUUGAGGGUUAGAGACCUGCCUCUGCGGACAUAUAAGCUGUGGACGAUCUGCUACAAACGCGUAUGCACAAGUCUCUCGCUCAGGCAGAUCUUCUGAUGACCUAAUGGAAUUGAAUUUACGAGUAGUACUGUUUUGGGUCAUGGCACUGCACUGUGGCUCUGUCAAUGGCAGUAUCCUCUACCGGGUCCAGGAGGAGCAGCCCCCCAACACUCUCAUAGGCAGCCUGGCAGCAGACCAGGGCCUGCCAGAUUCAGGUCACCUCUACAAGCUAGAGGUGGGCGCCCCUUAUCUUCGAGUUGAUGGGAAGACAGGAGACAUUUUCACUACAGAGAUUCCAAUAGACAGAGAGACCCUCCGGGACUGUCGGUCCUUGGCUAAGGGCAAGCCAUGCUACUUGGAAUUUGAAGUAUCGGUAACAGAUCUGUUACAAAACCAGAGCCCACGACUUAUUGAAGGACGCAUUGAAGUACAGGACAUCAAUGACAACACCCCACAAUUUCCCUCUUCUGUGCUCACCAUCUCGGUGCCUGAGAACACAAUCAUGGGGGCAUUAUUCUCCAUACCUCUAGCCACUGACAGGGACUCUGAGAGGAAUGGAGUGGCCGACUAUGCUCUGACUGCGGGCCCAGAUGCUGCAACCCUAUUUGGUUUACAAGUUGCUGAUGACAGGGGAGGGAAACUCCCACAGCUCAUAGUCCUUGGCAAUUUGGACCGCGAGUUAAAGGAUUCAUAUGACCUCACCAUCAAAGCGGUGGAUGGAGGGAACCCUCAGCGCUACAGCAGUGCUUUGCUCAGGGUGGUUGUGACCGAUGCUAACGAUAACUCCCCUAAGUUUGAAAAGUCUUCAUAUGAUGCAGAACUUUCAGAAAACAGUCCAGUGGGACACUCCGUGUUACAGGUCAAAGCAAAUGACUCUGACAUGGGCCCCAAUGGAGAAAUUGAAUACACCAUUCACCAAGCAGUCGACCCAGUGCCAAAACUCCUACGAAUUGAUCGGUCUACCGGCAUUAUCUAUGUCAAAGGACCACUGGACAGGGAGGAAAUCAGCAGCUUGUCCUUCUAUGUGGUGGCAAGGGAUAAGGGUCCUCAACCUAAGAGCUCUAAGACGUUUGUAACUAUUGAAGUGACUGAUCAAAAUGACAAUGCUCCUGCAGUGGAAAUUCGUGGAAUUGGUCUCGUGACUCACAGUGAAGGAGUGGCUAACAUUUCAGAGGACAUGCCAGUUGGGACAGCUGUUGCUUUGGUGCAAGUGUCUGACAAAGACGAAGGAGAAAAUGCUGUGGUUACUUGCGUGGUAGCAGGAGAUGUGCCCUUUCAGCUUCGUCCUGCCAGUGACUCUCCCACUGACAACAGGAGAAAAUAUUUUCUUCAGACAACUACACCACUUGACUUUGAGAGAGUCAGGGAAUACAGAGUAGAAAUUGUCGCAGUGGAUUCUGGAAACCCAGCACUGUCCAGCACAAACUCCCUAAAGGUGCAGGUGACUGACGUGAAUGACAACUCCCCAAUAUUUUCCCCAACCUUAUUUGAGGUUGAUUUUGCUGAAGAAAACCAACCAGGUGAGAGGGUUUUGGAUGUCACUGCUACAGAUGCUGACAGUGGCACUAAUGCCCAACUCCUAUAUAAUAUUGUGGCAGACUCAACCAUCAGAGGCUUGUUUGAGAUUGACCCUAACUCAGGUGAAGUAAGAGCUCGAAGCCCACUGGAUCGUGAACAUAAAGAGCGGUAUGAGUUUUGGAUCACAGCGGCAGAUAAAGGUUCACCUAGCCAUAAAGGAACAGCAACAGUUGUGGUGAAAGUUCUUGACCGCAAUGACAAUGAGCCAAAGUUCAUGCUUAGUGGUUACAGCUUUUCAGUAUUGGAAAACAUGCCUCCUCUAAGUCCUGUCGGCAUGGUGACGGUUCAAGAUAUGGACAAAGGUGAGAAUGCUCGUGUUCACCUCUCUGUAGAACCUGAUGGAGGGAAGUUUGUAGUACAAAAUGGAACAGGUACCAUUCUCUCAAGCAUCUCAUUCGACAGAGAAAAAGAAAGUAGCUAUACUUUCCGUCUAAAGGCAGUGGAUGGGGGAGAACCACCCAAGUCCUCCUAUGUUGGUGUCACUAUCAAUGUACUGGAUGAAAAUGACAAUGACCCCGUUAUCACAAAGCCCUCCAAUUCCUCCUUCAGGCGGUUAUCACCUCUAGCAUCCCCAGACAGCCAUGUUGAGGUGGUGGAGGCUGAAGACCUGGACAGUGGGCCAAAUGCAGAGCUAGUCUUCAAUAUUGCUGGGGGAAAUCCUUACCAAUUAUUCCGCAUCUCCCCCACUACAGGAGAGAUCACUCUAGCAAAGGAGAUGACCCGCAAACAUGGGGGACUGCAUCGUCUAGUGGUGCGGGUGAGUGACAGGGGAAAGCCUCCACGCCAUGCUACUGCUCUGGUUCACAUCUAUGUCAAUGAAACAAUUUCAAAUGUCAGUUUAGUGGAAGCCUUAGUUGGACACAGUCUAUACACUCCACUAGACAGAGACAUUGCAGGCGAUCCUGACAGUGGUUUUGCUGCACAUCGCAGUAACAUUCUGUUUGGAAGCCUUGCUGGCGUGGCAGGAGUUGUUAUGCUGAUCUUGGUGGUGGUGUUUAUUCGACACCGCCUUCAGAGAGAAACAAAGAGUGGCUAUCAGGCAGGUAAAAAAGAAACAAAGGACCUAUACGCCCCCAAGCAGGCACCAAAAAACGCCAAAGGCAAACGAGGAAGAAAAGGCAAGCCACAGAAGUCUACAAAGGCACUUGGGGAAAAUGAGGAGGUCGGCAUUCAAAAGAGUCUAAAGUUUAACCUUGAUGGAGUCAACGAUAGCCCUCGAAUACACCUGCCAUUGACAUAUUCACCGGGAAGCCCUGACAUCGGCAGGCAUUACCGCUCCAACUCUCCCUUACCUUCUAUCCAGCUGCAAGCCCAGUCCCCCUCAGCUUCUCAGAAGCACCAAGCCGUGCAGGACCUCCCUGCAGCCAACACCUUCGUUGGAACUGGAGGAGAUGACAACUCUACCGGCUCAGACCAGUACUCAGAUUACAGCUACAAGACCAGCCAACCCAAGUAUAACAACAAGCAGCAUCCCCAUCGUCGCGUGACCUUUUCAACCACCAACCCCGUGCAGGACCUGCAGGACGCCUCACAGCAUAGCUACUAUGAUAGCGGCUUGGAGGAGUCGGAGACCCCCAGCAGCAAGUCUUCAUCUGGUCCUCGCAUUGGACCCCUGACCCUGCCUGAGGACCACUACGAGAGGACCACCCCAGACGGCAGCAUUGGAGAAACAGAACACCCAGAAAACGAUUUCCCUAGAGAUAUCCGCUCCCUUCCUGAUGUGGCAAUGACUGGAAACUGCACAACCGAAUGCAGCGAAUUGGGUCACUCAGAUGCCUGCUGGAUGCCGGGACAUCCCUCCCCUCUGCGGAAGACCAGGAACCCCCCCAAGCUCUCCACAUUCGUGCCUUACCAGGAGAGAGGGAGUCUGGGGCGCCUGGCCAACGGCAGCGCCAGGCUGGUUGGCGAGGAGCUCCGGUCACGCCUUCCGCCCUCCCGCAGUGCCUAUUCCAGCAGCGGCCAGGAUGCCGGUCUGGACUGCCCUGUAGAGGAGAUGCCCCUGAGCGUGGCCUCUGAGUUCCCACCCACGUCCCCUUCUGCCCACACUCCGAAACGUGAAAUUUACCUGUGAGAAACAGAUCGGUACACAAAUGAAGAAAAGCUACACCCACUUCAGAAGGAGAAAAUAAAAAGACUGUCAAUUCGCUAAAGCCUACGGCCGGGGUAUAAGUAACGAUCGGUCAUGACUCUUUCAAUCACUGGCAUGAACACUAGUCAUUUCUCACAUAAAUUAUCAGCUCAUCCUUAAAUCUUGGAAUGAUUCCACAAAAUAAUUGAUGCACUCCCUCAUUUAUUUAUUGAAACUUUCAGUGGAUACAAUCCAGAAAGUUAGGAAAGAACCGCAAGUGGAAAUAGCUACUUUAGCAGUGACUAAUUAUUGUUAUAGUUAGGCAAGGCCAAGUCUGUGAAGUGAGUUCUUGAAAGUUGUGGUCAGUGCUCUUGUGCCAUUUCUAGGUAUUAUUUAAUAGACGUCUAAUCUGGCCAUGUCAGAAGGCAUAACACUUGAGACCAGGAGUUAGAUCAAAUGGUCGUUCUUAAUGUACAGAGCUGUAAAUACUUUUGAAUGGUGUGUUCUGCAUAUGUUUUCGUCUGGCACAAUCUGCAAAGAAUGCCUCUGAACUUUAACAUAUUUAAGCUUUUCUUUACUGCUGCUGUUUAAACUUGACUGAAAUCAUCUCCUGGAGAGGGACUCGACAUUGUGGAAGGCAUUUAUCUGUUCCACAGUAUCACACACACACAUGCUCACACACACACACACAUGCUCACACACACACACACAGGCUCACAUACACACACACACGCACACGCACACACACACACACACACUUUUGACCCCUAAUCAUAGUGGAAUGGCCUUUACCUCCGCUCCCUGUAGAGCUCCGCCACUGCUGUAGAGAGCUGUGUGGCAGCAUUUAAUCUGACAUUAUGUUCCACUGACUCGCAGCACUGUGACCUGCCGUUCAUCAUGAAAGCGGUUGACUUGGCCACAGAACCCGGAGGGUCACAAUGACGAAACGCAGAGUUCUCGCCAGACACAUUCUGAUUGGCUUUUUGCUCCCCACUUGAGAUACCACUGCAGUAGUUACAGAAAGUUCCUCUCUAUUGAGACAAUCAGAGGGCUUCACAUGCAAGACACAAUUUGUUCUCAUUCUGUUCCCGUUGCAGUUCAUAAGACUUGAUAUAGAUCUAAUGAAUGCCUGAGAAUCUAUUUAAAUAAAAGGGCACUUGAGUGUUAAGGGCCACAAGGGUUAUGGGUACUUGUGGAACCUAAUAUGGUACUGAUGUAAACUAGAUAGAUGCUCCAAAGGCUAUUUUUUAAGGUAUCACAUCACAAUAGAUAAGCCAAUCUUGAAUUCGGAAUUCAAUACAUAGGUCAUUGUACUAUCAAUGUGGGACUAACAUGAAAGAACAUAUUAUUUAUUUUUAAACUAAAGAUAGAUUUUCAAAUCAGCAUCAGACUCCUGAACAUUCAGUGAAACAUUUCACACUAUUUGAACUUUUUUUCAUAUUUUGUCAGGUUUACUACACAAACUUCAAUGUACUUUUUGAGAUUGUAUGUGAUAUACAAAUUAGUAAACAAUAAUGCUGUGUGUGACAGAGAACUAACACUGCUCAUUACUCUAAAUACACCAUCACCACAGUGCAACACAGUGGUGGCAGAAUUAUGCAGUGGAGCUACUUCAUCUGUAGUGGUUUUUAACCACACCACUGUUAGAGAUAGACAAGCUGAUUUACAAGAAAGAAUUGGCAAAAAAUAAACAUGUCUCUAGAUGUGCAGCACUGGUAGAGACAUACCCUGAAUUUACUGCUAUUGCAGCAAAAGGUAGAUCUACAAAGUUCUGACUCAUAGGGAAAACACCUUUCAGAUUGGAAUUUCUAAAAAAAGUUGACCCCAUGCAUCUUUUUUUCUCCACUUCACAUUUAUGUGCUACAGUGUGUUGUUCUUCAACAAAUUUGUGGUUGUAUUGAGGACAAUAUUUUUAAUAAGUUAUUAGGUAUUUUAAAUCUAUCACUCUUGAAAAGUUACUAAAAAUAGGGUGUUCCUAGGGGAUUCAUUUAUCCUAACAAAGAUUUUCCAAGUAAAUUUGAAGGAUAUGUAGAAAGGGCACUAUGUAUUAGUUAGUAAUUGAAUGUUAAUGACGACUCCACUAACCUGCUCUAAAACAUCGUAGCGCUAUUCGGUAUCUUUGAUUUAAACAUCGAUUUGAUUAGGUUUGUAGAUACCUUUCACCUCUGCAGAGUAUUUCCAUAGUGAGAUUGUGCCUCUGAGUGAGGAUGGAAGAGCCGAGAAUGGACAUUUCCUAAUUAGGGUGAGUAAUGAGUCUUGAGCUGGGGCAUGUGUGAGCGAAUCCCCUGGACAAGGCACUCACCAGACAAUACAAAUCCACCCACAGAGCUACAAUCAUUUAAAGCGGGGGUAUUUUUAACAGCACUUACCUCAUCGCACAACCCACUACAAGCUGCAUUUAGCCCAUUUAAAACACAAAACAUAUGGAGAUUACUGGACAUAGCUGUGAUUAAAUAAGCUCAGCAAAUAUCCUGCCUUCAGGGGGAGAAAGCACAUUAUGCCACUUUCAAAGCCAUUUAGCAACCGAAAAAAAAAUUCAAACAACAAGCCAUGAUAUACUGUGAUUAACCUCCCUUCCACCAGCCCUCUCAGAGCUGUGGAUUCACCAACUGAAAGCAGCAGAUAAGAUCGCUGACCUGGAAAUAGUGACAAGUGAGAAAGAGAUAGCAAUGAGUAAUAAAAUGAAUGUCACAAAGUCUCAGUUGCAAAUUUGUCGAUCUAAGUAUAACUAAAGUAAAUAUGUAAACUAUCCCGUGAGGUCUCUUUGAUUGUUAAUAUACAAAGGACAGGGGUUACUCAGAUACAGUUUUUUUAAGAAGACACAGUCUUUUUUUUUUUUUUUUUUCGUCUGGCACUGAUGAAAUCUAAACCUUUCUUGUUUUAGGUCAGUUGAAAUAAACAGAAAGCAAGAAUAAUAAGACAGUCAAUUUUGCAAUUACUUUCUCCAAAUUCUGAAGUUUACAUGCAGCUUACAUGUUACAUGCAGACACACCUAUGGAUGUGUUUUAAGACAACACCUAAAACACACAGUUACAGUUUCCAGAUGUUUGGAGGCGGGGCCACAUUGAACUACUCAACCAAUUAUAAGCAAGUUCUGUGUCCCAGAGAAGAAUUUGUUUUGAUACAAAAUAACAGCCAAUCAACCUCAAAAUGAGAGCCAAAUAUCUUAUGAAGAUUCUGGCUGGCAAAUGCACAAACACCUUAAUCUUUGGAGACAUGUCCUGUGGUCUGAUGACACUGAAAUGUUUACCCAUUACAUUUGGCAAAAAAGGGGGAACAUUGCAAGCCUGAGAACACCAGUCCAAGUGCAAAGUGCACUUGACAACAUAGAUGCCAUCUUGAGGAAAAAACAUCUUGUGGAAAUACUGAAGCAACAUUUUAAGACAUCAGCGAGGGCUUUAAAGCUGUGGCACAUAUGUGUCCUCUAAAUAGACAAUGACCCUAUAAGUACACAGAUAAAUUAGUUACAAAGUGGCUUAAGGAUGACAAAGUCAGUGACCACCACAAAACUUUUAUCUCAGCCCCAUAGGAAAAUUGUGGGCAGGGCUGAAAAGGCGUGUAUGAGCAAAGAGGCCUAAACCUGACACAAAUUAUAUUACAAGGGUGGAGCCAAAUUUUAGUAAACUCUUGUGAGAAGCUUAAGGAGGUUUGACCCAAAUUAUGCAGUUUAAACAGCAGUUCUACCAAAUACUUAGGGGGUGUUUGCAAACUUCUUUGAAGCAAGUUUAAAAGGUUCUCUAAAAACCUUCUCUUAUUAUUCUGGCAUUUAUCAGAUAGACAUAAUUUUUGAACUAUAUUGGGAAAGGUUUAGCCUGAUUUAAUGCCAGACAAUGAGAAAAAAGGCCAUGAAUUUUAGAUAGCGUUUGUAAAUUUCUGGUUUGAUCUGUUAGUCUUAAUAAUUGGUUGGCAAGCCAAAUGGUGAGAUGGGAAUUUGGUUUAAAAUAUAAACAAGCCCCUCUAUCCCCUCUUCUGCCUUGAUAAGUGUAAAAUGUUUGCUGCAGCUAAAAUUGACCUCCUGCUACUCACUUCUGGAAAAAAAAAAACUGGUCACCAGGUUUGCCCUUUCUUUUGAACACAAACUAAAUAUACUGUGUAUACUUGAGUCUGAAAUACAGUUGCUCCUCUCGAUAAAGGUUUGUUGCGAAGUACCAAAAUACACUCAAAAGUGUGUUGGAUAAUGUUUUAUUUGUACUUUAACAUUGAUUUAAUGUUGGAUUCACUUGAGUAUAUUUUGCCUCUCUGUAAUGUGUAUUGUAUGGUGAUCAUUUCUGUGCACAGAUGGACAAAUUACAGUAACGAAAUUGGCAAAGUGGUUUGUUUUCCCUUUCUUUUUCUUUCUUUUUUUUCCUACUGAUCAAAGACUCUCUGCAAACUGGCUGUGUGAAAAAAUGAAAUCUGUCGGUGGCGUUAGUGUACAUAGAUCCUCACAACCCCAAGUCUGCUGUUCGGCAGCGGUAAUUUUUAGCAUGAAUCCCAAAGAUGAUUGGUAGAAACUGUUUACUCGUUUUAGUUUUAUUCGACAUCCCACUCCAGACGAACUGAAAUUGACUGAACAUUUCAUCUUUUUUCCACAGUUCAUCUAGUACAAAGACAAUUGCCUUGAAAAUAUGUCUUUGCAAGAGAGAAUCUAGUUGUUAUCCUAAAUGUUGGUAUAUUUAUAUAGGAUAAAAUGCUUGUGAUGCCAUGUUUUUGUACAGUUUUAUGUACAUACAAGUGAAGCUUUCUAAAAGUUCUGAGAAAAGCCGAUGGCAUAUAAAAAUUGUAACAUGUUUUAUUGAGAUGUGCACAUCUUGCCUUGGUUGAAUUGACCUUUGCUGAGUCAGUGUGAAUGUGGCCGUUCUAUGCCUGCACUGUAGUCAUUCACCGGCUCCCACCUCCUGAGGACUUAAUCAGUUUUUCUGUUUGUUGUGAACAGUGGAUUGUCUUCUCUUACCAGUUUGUUCAACUCCUGUGUUCUGCUUUGUUCUCUUUCCGCAUGUUGGCAAAUUCUCUUGUAAUACUUUAAGUCCUCAUGAACUUUGUAAUAAAAUCACUUCAGGGAAAAAAAAAAAAAAAAA